AUGGUCGUAGAAGGUGCACGUGACACGAGCGCCGUCGUCGCAGGUCCCUGGCGCGCCACACGCCGGACGCCAUGGUACGUAGCGCCUACUCACGCGCAGGCAUACGGCUUCCUCAAUAAGCAGGGCGCGGCCAGCGCGGGCACCGCGGACGCGGACACGCCGCUCCUGUGCGAGACGUGCCUCGGGCCGAACCCGUACGUCCGCAUGUCGAAGCAGCACCAGGGCAAAGAGUGCAAGGUGUGUGGGCGCCCGUUCACCGUCUUCCGCUGGAACCCCGGGAGCGGCAUGCGCUUUAAAAAGACGGAGAUCUGCACGACGUGUGCCAAGCUCAAGAACGUGUGCCAGUCGUGCAUCCUCGACCUGGAGUACCACCUGCCGACACAGGUGCGUGACGCCGCGCUGGGCACCAGCGUCAAGAUACCCAUGUCGGACAUCAACCGGCAGUACUUUGUGAACCGCAUGGAUGCCCUGCUCGAUGGCACGUCGACCGAGGCAACGACGUCGCUCGUCGGCCCGUCGCGUGCCGGCCACGACCUACUGAAGAAGCUCGCGAACCAUGAGCCGGACUACAAGCGCAACCGGCCGCUCGUGUGCUCGUUCUAUGCGCGCGGCGCCUGCACACGCGGCGAGGCGUGCCCGUACCGGCACGACAUGCCCAGCAGCACGACGAGCACGGUGCAGAGCCGGUACCACGGGCACGACGACGCGGGCGCACGACACAUCCUCAAGAAGGUCGCGGGCGCCAAGCACCUCGAGCCGCCCACCAACCCCGAGAUCAAGUCGCUCUUCUUUUCGGGACUGCCGGACAUGGACGAGGCGCAGCUGCGGGCGUUCCUCGUGGAUAGUGUGGCCGGCCUCGCCGCCAGCGACCUGGCCAAGAUCCAGCGCGUGGGCUCCUCGCCCUCGGCCGCGCCGCGAGCGCUCUCGCGCUCAAAGUGA